UAACAAUUGUAUUUACGUUUUUCACCGCUUCCUUCUCAUUGCUGAAUGUUGUGAUUUUCGGAAUUUAUCGAGUAUUAUUAUAAAUUUAGUGCUUAAUUAGUAAAUAGGUAAACAUUUCUCAACAUGGUUAUAAACGAUGUAGGAAGUAUACUAAAAGAUCUCGAAAAAGCUGAGUUGGAGACUCAAGAUGGAAACGUGGGCGUACAGGUUUAUACACAAUUACUUGCUAUUUACCUGUACAAGAAUGAAUUAUGUUACGCUAAGUAUCUAUGGCAAAGAAUUCCCAGUAGCUUGAAAACGAAUAAUCCAGAAUUGCAUCAAGUCUGGACAGUGGGCCAGCAUAUGUGGAAAAGAGAUUGGCCUGCUGUUCACGCUGCUCUUUCUGUAAAUUGGAGCGAAGACGUCGUUGAGAUCAUGAAUGCUCUUAAAGAAAGUACUCGUGAGCGCGCCAUGCAGUUAGUAUCUGAAGCAUAUUCAUCCCUCGAUAUCUCAGUAUUAUCUGGAAUGAUGGGACUUUCGGUAGAACAAACUCAGCAGGCAGCUAUCGAAAAAGGUUGGACUAUUGAUGGUUCCAUGGUUCAACCUCGCAAAGUUGACAGAGAGCAGAGCACGCCAGCUCAAGAAGCCCUUACAGAAGACCAGUUAAAUAAGCUCACACAAUUCGUAUCUUUCCUUGAAAAUUAGAACCUAAUAGAGAAACGCGCAUUUUUCAACUGUGAUUGGUUCAAAGUCGUUAAUCGAAAAUGGACUACUUACCCUCCCUUUAUCGUUUUCCCAUUAUCCAGAAAGCAAAGUCUGCCGAAAUUAAGGUAAAUUAAUGAGCCAACAUAUUUUUGUUUACAAGAGACACUUUUUAAAUAAAUUGAAAUUAAAUGUUCGAUUCUGAAUAAUCUCCUAAAUUAUCUGAAUAUCUUAUGAGUGUUUGCAAAACUUCGAUACGCGAUUUUUUGAACACCUUUUUCGAAUGAUUAUUACCGAAGAUUAUUUUUAGGCCGAAAGAUGGAAUUCGCGCGAGUUUUUAGAUUGUAAUAUUUGUACCUUAGUUUAAGCAUAGCCUUAGUGAGUUUUAAAAUAUAAAAUUUUAGAAGUUGAAUUCAGAAUAA